AUGUAUCACAUCAGGAUUGCUCAAUUUCAGGCUGAAGAUUGCCUAGGUGCAUUCGGUGGUACUACACCGGAGCUUGUGGUGGUAGCCUCCAAGGCAUGGCAGUUGGAAGAUCCAGAUGUCGUUAAGAAACAUCUUUCUGGUUUGCUCAGUGAUGGAGCGCCUGUGCUUAGCAUUCAAAACGGCAUUGGAGCUGUUGAUGCGUUAUCGGUCGUGAGCAAAAAUAUCUUCCAGGCGGUUACUAACAUUGGUUGCAACCUACCCCGUCCUGGCGUGUUGGAGGUCAACGUCUUACCUGGCACUGAGGCGUGGAUGAAG